UACUUAUUUACUGUAAAUCCAGCAGAGGUUGUGUCAGAAAAAACAAAAGAGAAGAACAGAAGCAGCUAACUGUCCACACAGUUGGUGAGAGUGAUUUGAUCUGGAAUUGAGAUACAAGAAACGUCCAGCUGCUUUUUUAGACUGGAAAAGUAUUCAAAUAUGAUGGACUGCAACAUACCAAUCAAUUAAAAACUCAACAAAUCAACAAAUUAAUCUGCGGCGCUUCUGCUGAAAGAUCCAUCGGACCUCGUUACAGGCAAACAAUGAGGCCUGUGACCAGCUGCCCUCUGGGCGGCAGGCAUGUUUCUGGGACUCCAGCGGAGUUCUUCAUUCCCUCACAGCAUCGUAGACCUCUCAUCCAAAAACCUCUCCUUCGUCCCACGAGACCUGCCACAGACGGCUGAGUUUUUAGACCUUUCAUGCAACCACAUACAGCAACUUAACCGAGGGGACUUCAAAAACACCUCUCUCUUGAGGUUCCUCAACAUUUCCUGGAAUAGUUUGGAGGACAUCGAUCCAGAGACGUUCCUCGACACGCCGCUCCUAGAGGAUCUAGACCUGUCACACAACAGGCUGAGGAACCUGUCGGACCAGCGGUACCUGCGCCACACGGAGAACCUUCUGGUACUAAAUUUGGCCUUCAACAAGUUUGUCACAAUGACACUGGGGAGUGAGUUCAGUUCCCUGGUAAAACUGGAGAGAUUGGUGCUUGGAGCACAAAACAUCAGUACGGGGGAUUUCAAGAAUAUUGCUGAAGUAAAACUGCAUACACUCACCCUCGCCCUGGAGAAUGAACUGAGUUAUACAGCAGGCAGUCUGAACGAGGUUCAUGCUCAAAGACUUCAGAUAGCCUUCCCUAGUUAUCAAAUAUUUCCCCAUUUUGUGGUUGCUGAUGCUCUGUCACUCUUUGUUGAAGUGGAGUUGAUGAAUUUGACAGACGGCUACAAAAACCUGAGUGAGCAGUUGAGCGAGAGAGUAGAAAUCCUCACAUCUCAUCUUUAUCUCACCAACAUAUCAAUCGACUGGAAAGACUUAACUCACUAUAUAAAUGUCGUUCUGCGUACAUCUAUUUCCCAUGUGACCAUCUGUGAUGUGGCCAUUUACCAUUUGCCUCUUAAAGACACGGCUGUAACCCAGACGUCUGAAAUGAAGUCCUUCACAUCCAGAAGGGCAGUGGUGAAGGACUUCAUCUUUUCACAGGAGGCUGUAUACAACUUUUUUAUCAACUUACCGGUGGAGAGUUUAGCAAUUGUUGAGACUUCAAUGAUACACAUGACAUGCCCAAAGUCACCAAGUCUUCUCUUACAGCUGGACUUCUCCUAUUGUGCUCUAGCGGACUCCAUCUUCUCCAGAGUGGAGGGUCAAGAAAGACUUGAAUGUGAGAAUCUGGGUAACGUGAGGAAGUUGAUUCUGGUUGGCAACAAUCUUCAGAGCCUUCAGGUGCUGAGCAAACGUGUGCAGUACAUGAAGUCCCUGCAACAUCUGGACCUCAGCCUCAACUCCCUGGUUUAUGACGGCGUCGGAGAAUGCGUCUGGCCACCUAACAUCACUAAUAUGACUCUUUCUUCUAACAGUCUGACAGACUCCGUUUUUAAAUGUCUACCAAAAGAAACAGAGACACUGGAUCUCCAGAACAACCAGAUUUCUGUGAUACCAUUAUCUAUCUCGAAACUGGAAAACCUUUCAUCUCUGAAUCUAAAUGCGAACAGGCUGCGGGACCUGCCAGUAUGUAAAGGUUUCCCAAUACUGAGUGAGCUUCUGCUCAAGUCAAAUUCCCUCCAUGCACCGUCUGUGAACAAGCUGGACACGUGUCCCAAACUGAGAACCCUAGAUGUCAGUUACAACCCCUUCACCUGCACAUGCGCUUUGAGGAGUUUCAUAAGUCUUGGCAUGAAGUCUGAAAGGGAUAGUCACACAGGAAUUCAAUUGUUGAGCUGGCCAUUAGACUAUUAUUGUUCCUACCCAGAGGCCGUUAGAGACUCCACCUUGAGAGAUAUUUCGAUCCCAGAGGUCUCCUGUAAUGUCGGUCUUCUGGCUGCCGCCAUCUUGAGCCCGGCAGUGAUAUUAAUUGUCGCAGUCGUGACCCUGUGCCAUCGUUUGGAUGUUCCCUGGUACAUGGGUAUGAUCUGGCAGUGGACCAGAGCCAAACAUCGCGCCAGAAUGAGUCAAGUUCGACCUGAAGAUCUGGUGGGAGUGGAGUUUCAUGCUUUUGUGUCUUACAGCCAGCAUGAUGCAGACUGGGUGAGUAAUUCCCUCCUGCCCAACCUUGAAGGCCCAGCAGGAGGGCUCCGAAUCUGCCAUCAUGAGAAAGACUUUGUGCCGGGAAAGACAAUUAUUGAAAACAUCGUCACCUGUGUGGAGAAAAGCCGACGCUCCGUGUUUGUGCUCUCUGCUCACUUUGUGAAGAGCGAUUGGUGCCAUUAUGAGCUGUACUUCGCCAGCCACCAACGCCUUGCUUGGGGCUCGGAUAGCGUUGUGCUGGUACUGCUUGAGCCUCUGCCUCAAUACCUGAUACCAUCCAAGUACUACCAGCUGAAGUCCAUGAUGGACCGGCACACGUACCUGGAGUGGCCUCAGGACAGGGCCAAGCACAGACUGUUCUGGGCUAAUCUCAGAGCUGCUCUACAGUCAGACAUGCUAAAGCCUCCAGUGACAGAAGUAGAAGAGUGAAAGGAAGUGAGAGGUGGGAAGAGGAACACUGUAAGAGUAAAAACAUGUGGGUCAU